AUGGCCAAAGAAGAUAGCACCCAAACUCUCUACAGAGAAGCUUUUAAUUUAUUCGAUAAAGAUAAAGAUGGUAAAAUUUCAAUUCAAGAAUUAGGUGUUGUUAUGAGAAGUGUUGGCUCAAAUCCAACUCAAGCAGAAUUAAAAGAUAUGGCUAAAGAAGUUGAUGAUGGUUCAGGUUUUGUCACUUUUGAAAAAUUUGCACAAUUAAUGACCAGAAAAAUGAAAUACUCUGAUAGCGAAGCUGAUAUCAAACAAGCUUUUAAAGUUUUCGAUAAAAAAGGUAAUGGCUAUGCCAAUAUUCAAGAUUUAAAACACACUUUAACUUCAAUUGGCGAAAAAUUAACUAAAGAAGAGUUUGAUAAUAUGUUAAAAGAUGCCAAAACUGUUGAUGGUCAAAUUCAUGUUGACGAGUUUGUUAGAGUCAUUAAAUCAAGUAAAUCAUUCAACUAA